AUGCUCAAGUACAGAAGGCAUCGGAGAUCUUUUGGAGACUCAUCGACAGGGGCAUCGGAAGGGUCCAGUCGAAUCCAUUUCGUUUUCAAAUUUGGUCAUUCGGCGCUAAGUGCUGGCGCAUGGCCCGAAGUUGAUGAACUGGUCAAUUUGGUAAUGGCUUCGGUACAAAUGACGUGGAACGUGACCGGCUUGUUCAGCAACAGACCGUUCAAUUUGACGAACUGGUCGUUCGGUUCGAGCACUGACCCACUGUUCGCGCAUCGUCUUGCCGGCGAAGUCCUGUACUUCGCGUUUGGAGCCUUCGGCACUGCGGCCAACGUGAUGGUGCUCGUGGCUGUUUCACGACUUAACAAAUUCAAGAAGGACGUCGUUCUGCUAAUAGGCAAGCACUGCUUACGUGAAGAUACUCACACGGCACGGCGUAAUUAUUGUGGCCACGUCACCCCAGUGACCACCAUCCUGCAGAUCAACCGUUUCCAUCUCCGGGAGGCGGGCUUUCGUAGGCAUCCGACCAGUCAAUCGAGUUUGUACGCUCGAGUCGCGUAUUUAGGAUUUACCGUUGCCAGUCUACUGGUCAGUCUGGGAUACGUGACAUCGUCGGUGAGGAGGACGAUCAUCGAGUUGACGGGCGAUUUUCCAAUGACUUCGUUGCAAUGUUUUGUUCAAGGAAUUCACAUUUUCUUCUUCGAAACCGGAGUGCUGACCAGUUGCUUUGACUUGGUCCUGAUGACCAUCGAUCGCGCGAUAAUCUUGCACCUUUCGCGAUGGUCUCACAAAUUCUCCACUCCCAUUGCUGUUAAGGUCGUCUCGCUUCUGCAGGCGAUCACCUUCGUCGACUUUUGCGUUGUUUUCGCCCUGGCUCUGAUCCACCGUGACACGACCACCUACAGUGCCAAUUGUUUUUACGAGGACACCGUGGGUUCGGUUCAUUACGAAGUGCACUUUUUUCUUACCAUGAUCGCGUCAAUCGCCAUCGUGUUCAUCUAUGCGGUGAUCGUGAUAUCGAUGUGGGUCCGGAAACGGUCCGGUCGCUUGGGCAAUAGCAACCUGCGACGAAGAGAUCUAAUAGUAACCAAACGUAUCGGCAUUCUGGUCGUGCCCAUAAUUUUACUUCACCUAGUGCCAUUUUCUAUUUAUUCGCUGAUUGGCCCUACGGGGCCGUAUUACAAUAUCAUAUCCAUCUACAUAUUCAUCUUUGGCUGCUUCGACAGUACAGUUAAUGCUUUCAUAUACGCUUGGUUUCACCCGGACGUUAAAAAACUUAUAUGCAAAUUUCGUCACUGGCGCCUGAGGCAAGUGCAAGUUAGCGUCUGCAAAACAAAUACCAUGCUUCAGUGUACCACCCGAACUUCAUGA